GUUCACACAAGUAUUCAUGUUAUCUUUGAGGUUUGUCUUCGACGGGUUUGUUUUGAAGCUGAUGGACUCGCUUUUAAGGGUUAUCCAAAUGUUCAGCGCAAAAGAUCAAGACCUCCCCAACGCUGGCCAGACGUUCUCCUUCAAAUCCCCUAAAGAUGAUUUGAAGAGCAACAAGAACUUUACCAUCAGAGACUUUGGAAACAACACGGCGGGAAUCGUGACCAAGAGGAGCGGCUUCCGGCGGCGCGCCCAGGAGAUCUACUUCCUGCCCGUGGUGAUCGAGGACAACGGCUACCCGUCCAAGACCAGCACGGGCACGCUGACCAUCCGCGUGUGCGGGUGCGAAUCGGACGGGUCGUUGCUGACGUGCAGCGCGGAGGCCAUCUUCCUGCCGGUGGGCCUGAGCACGGGCGCCCUCAUCGCCAUCCUCCUGUGCAUCGUCAUCCUGCUAGUCAUCGUGGUCCUGUACGUGGGGUUGCGACGGCAGAAGGAGAAGGAGACGCUCAUGUCGUCCAAGGAGGACAUCCGGGACAACGUGAUCCACUACGACGACGAAGGCGGCGGCGAGGAGGACACGCACGCCUUCGACAUGGGGACGCUGCGCAACCCCAAGGUCGUCAAGGACAACCUGUUCCGCCGCCGCGACAUCAAGCCCCUGGAGCCCCGCGGCCGGGGCCCGGUGCCGCGUCCGGGGCCCGCCCCCGUGUCCCAGGACAGCGCCGACAUCCGCGACUUCAUCCACCGGCGGCUGGAGGACCACGACGUGGACAACGCGGCGCCGCCCUACGACUCGCUGGUCACCUACGCGUACGAGGGCGACGGCUCGGUGGCCGAGUCGCUGAGCUCCAUCGGCUCUCCGGCGGCCCCCGGGGGGCUGGAGGAGGACUACGACUACCUGGACGACUGGGGGCCCCGCUUUAAGACGCUGGCCGGCAUUUUCGGGGAGAAGUCGUCGGAGUCUCGGUCUCAGUCGGACACUGCCACGGCGGAGGACUCUCAUUGAUCGGCGACCGGCCGAUCAGAGACUGUGGACCGAUAGGAGAAUCGAAAGGUUUUCGUUUGUUUUGGUUCUUCAAGCAUUUUUCUUUUGUUUUGCUCUCGGUUCCCGUCUCAUUAUUUCUAUUUAAGGGGUUAACCUUUUCUAUUUAAGUCAUCAUCUCGUUUUUUCUCUAUUAUGUGCUCAAUCCGGACAUUGUUGAACAAAACAAAAAAGGAACAUGAAAACAGCUACACGUUCACCGAUUGAUUCAGCCAUUUGAAUACUUUGGAUGUCUGACGGUUGCGUAACGCUUCAAAUUUUCACCACCGGGGGAACAAAAAAAAACGAAAAGCGCAGGAAAUGCGACCAUUUCCUAUGACAUCCUCUCAAAGUGCCUCGAUAUAAUUGUUCUCUUAUUUACUAUUCCACACCACAUAUCCGAUACAGUUUCUCAGAAGCCAUUCAACGGAAGCUGAUUCUGAGUCUCUGAUUGGUCACGAGCGAGACAAAUGCUAUCUCGUCGCAGGGGUAGCAGGGCGAUGGGAAACGGCCUGUCAUUGGCCAAAGAUUUUCUGAAUGUUAUUUAUUGUUCUGAUUAUUUAUUGGCGGAUCGGCCAGUUUGAUUCCAAUGUUUUUGUGUAUUUAUCUAUUUAUCUUGACAUCAUCAAACUGUCUUUUCUUUUUUUUUAUUAUCACGAUUGGUUUUGCAGACACUUGAGGAUUUUGUAAUUAAUCGGGGCCCACAUCAAAAUGGACGAUUGUGGUAGUCGGGCCGUGUGAAUAGAGUUGUACUAGGCUUGUAAAAAGAUGAUUUAGGGCUUAAUAAAGCAGUUCUGUCAUGUAAUAAACACCGUUUUUUUCUUAAAAUAAACAACAC